UUAUCUAAUGAUGACACGUUGGAAAUUCCAUUAUCUAUAAUAAAUUAUCCAUUUUGUUGGAGAAGUUUCUUUUCUGUAUCUUCCGAGCCCCGGGCCGGGGCCCCCAUUUAUGCCUGGUUACGGUAGCUACGCGUCUAUCAAUUACAAUCAUCAUGGCUGCCGCAGCGGAGGGUUUGCUCCAUGACCUCGAGCAUUAUGAGAAUUUUCUGAAUAUUUUUAAUCAGCACCAGCAGCAAGUAGUAGAGAGAGUAAACAGGAAAGAUCCAUUUCAAGUGUACAACGAAGCCGAGUUUAGAUACAGGUACCGCUUUUCAAAGCAGACGACGUUGGAGUUGAUUGAUAUUCUGAGCCCUACGCUAGCUCGGCACACCACUCGAAGGGAUGCACUGCCUGUCCAUUUACAGGUUCUAACAGCCUUGAGAUUUUACGCCGUGGGAUCUUUCCAAAUUCUUCAUGGUGAUGAUGCUUUGAUGUCUCAGUCCUCAGUGUCACGAGUUGUCUUAGACGUGUCAACCGCUUUGGCUACUCUCCGACCAAGGUACAUACAGUUUCCGAGAACGCCACAGGAGGUUUUGAGAGUACAGCAGAGAUUCUUUGAUUACUCUCAGUUCCCAGGCGUCAUCGGUGCUGUGGACUGCACCCAUGUGCCCAUACAAAAUCCAGGUGGGGAACAAGCGCAGAGGUUCAUAAAUCGGAAAAACACGUCUUCUUUGAAUGUGCAGAUGAUAUGUGACUGUGACGGAAGGAUCCUCAACGUAGUCGCACGAUGGCCAGGUGGGUCUCACGACUCCAGAAUUUUCAGGGAGUCUGCCAUCAAGCACCAACUGGAGGCCGAGAGGCAGGAUGCCAAGUGGCUAUUAGGAGAUAGUGGAUAUGGAUGCCAGCCAUAUGUGAUGACACCCCUCCUACAACCAGCAAAUCCUGCAGAGCAGCGGUAUAAUACCGCUCACAAACGCGGGCGUUGCAUCAUUGAACGAACUUUUGGCCAGAUGAAGCGACGCUUUCCGUGCUUGAAAGGGCUGAGGCUAAAGCUCGAAACAACCAUGACCACCAUUGUAGCGGUUACUGUUCUCUGGAACAUUUCAUUAGAAAGGAGAGAACCAGAGAUCGACGGCCCUGAAGUUCUUCAUGAAAUUCCUGGAGACAUUCGUCCACUACCUGGCGGACGAAAUGUUGAAGGGCUGAUUAGGAGGGACAACCUGAUCAGGCAGCACUUUGCAUAGAUGUUUAAUAGUAUAUCAAUCAGUGAAAUAGGGUAAUACCUACUGGUAUUUAAACUGAGCUUCAUUGUAAACUUGAAAUCGUAUUUUUUUUUCUAUUAACAAAGGGUCUCUUGCAUUUUCAUAGUGCCAAAGGCAACAUUAUGUAUGACACAAACAAGAAUAUGUGUCGUAGUCUUGUAGAGGUAUUUCAAGAUUAUAGUGUUAAAUGACAUGUAUUGCAAUAUUUAUAUCAAGUUAUUUAUUGGAUGAAUCUGUAUAUUUGUAUCAUCUCAUACAAUGUUUUAUGUUUUCAAAAUGACCAUUAUUACAACUGGGAUAGUGAAAUAUAUUGUAGCAAAUUUGCAAUUUAUUUAAUGAUUGUUGUGCAAUGUACGUUUUAUAUAUGCUUGAAAUAUUUGCAGAUAAUAUACAAUAAGUAUCUGUAUAGUACAUGUAGAUAAGUACUUAUCCCAUCAACAAUUUGUAUAAAUUAUUUCACUCAUAUCAGGUGUACAAGCCUUGCAAUCCUAUGUCUCUGGUUUGAAUUCCAGGGAAACCAAAUUCAAUAUACUCAUUUUCAAUUCUAUAAUAAAUUGUUAACUGUGAAUGUUUAUUUUUUAGAUUACAGAAAUGCGUACACAACUAUCUAUUACUAUAGUUGUCUUAAUAGUGAUUUAAUAGAUUCUUGUUUUUUAUAUUUAAUAUUAUAAUAUAUUAAUCUAUAUAUCCAGAUUUUGUUGCAUCGCAAUCAGAUUUAAAUGUACAGGUAUUUAUUGAAAUUAUCAGAUGCUCAAGUGAAAGUGAUUAUUCUGGCAAUAUUGGCAUGCAAAUGGAUGUAAUGUAGAAAAUAACGGGUCUGAUUUGUAAAAAAUACUAUGAAUUAUAUUUUAUUGAAGUAUGGGUAACUUGGCUUUGAAUAUGAAUUAUAUCUUAUGCAAAUGUGUAAAGUUUUACGGAAAAAUAAAUUUAUCUCAAAAUGUAAACAAA